AUGCCAAGGAGGUCAGAUAGAAUUCAUGAUCUAGCAAGAGGACGUGUUCGUAUGUCCAUGAACAAACUAAACUUGUUCAAUUUAUACAAAAAGACACCAUUACAAGUUGCAGGUAAGACCCACUAUCAACAAAAGUACUAUUCUAAACAAGACGCUAGAUCUUAUCAUGGAGAGCAUAUACAAGAGAGGAGAUUCAAGGCAAUGUACAACCCAUCCCGUAAGUCAUUUGCCCAACUUGACGCCUCAUUGAAAGGUGGACCUGUUAAGGAAACUCCUCUCUCAUUGCAAUCAUUUGCAUUAUUGGAAAAGAGAUUGGAAAUUGCUCUUUUUAGAGCCAUGUUUGCAUCUUCUGUAAGACAAGCCAGACAGUUUAUUAUGAGUGGGAAUGUUAAAGUUAAUGGGGUUGUUAUUAAGCAUUGUUCUUAUCCUUUACAAAGUGGAGAUAUUUUCAGUGUGAAUCCAGUUAAAGUACUUUAUGCUUUAGGUAAGGCUAAGCCAGGUUUAGAGCAAGCACUUGAAGUUGAUCAACAACAAAUUCAAUCUUGGAAUCAGUAUGUCGAACAAUUUAAAGCCAAUCCGCAAGAUGAAUUGGCAAAAGCUAGAGCUAAUCCAGAUGAUUUUCAUUCUUCGGCUGUACUUGAAGAAUUAAAGAACAGAUUGAGUAUCGUAAGAAACACAAUCAAUUCUCGUCAAGAUGAAGUAACUCUCGAAUCAAUCUUCGUUGACAUUUUAGACACAGCCAAGAAAGCCACUGAAACUGUGGGAGCAGAAGGGGCAGGUAAAGUUAACAAAGAAACAUUCGCAGGUUCAACUCAAAGGCUUCUGCGUUUUUCCGUAUAUGAAAAAUUAGCAAAAGCAAAUCAUCCAUUACUCGACAAAUUCGAUACAGAAGAAGUGACAGCUUUCCUUGCUAACACAGCUGAGAAAUCCGACAAUGAAAAAGCAUUAUUGAGAAGUAUCAGGGACUAUUUAACAGAUAUACAAAAGGCUGAAUGGGCUAAAAUCCGUAAAGAUCCCGAAUUUGGAGGCUACCAAGCUUCUGAACUUGCCAAUAACUUACAACCUGUUGAAGAAUUAGAUAAAGAUCAAGUUUUGGAAAAUGAAUCAUCAGCUAAAAUUGAUCUCCCUUGGCAAAAAGGAAUCUUCGGUCGUCAAGAUCCAACAAAACCAUAUUUCACUCCCUGGAAACCAAGAGGGUUCCUUGGUUGUUUUGCCAUCUUACCUCACCAUAUUGAAAUUUCAUUUGAAACUUGUCAUGCUGUUUACUUGAGAGAUCCAAUUGCUAGACCAGGUCAUUCCGAAGUUAUUACUCCAUUUGACGAAAGUGUUCAUGAAAGAGCCCACAUGUAUUACCGUAGAAAGGUCCCUCGAUGGGAAACCGAAGAAUGGUGUACAAAAUUAUCAGAAUUAUUGGUGAUUGGCUUAAAGAAUACAAAAGACGAGAUUAGGAUUGUGGAUGCAUGUACUGGAACAGGGUGUAUUCCAUUAUUGCUAAAUCAUGAAUUAUCCCAAGCCGGAUUCAAAACAGAUAUCCAUGGGUUUGAUGUUUCUGGAAAAGCUUACGAUUUGGCCAUGGAGAAUCUAUCCCGAGUUCAUGGCCAAGCAGAUGGGAAUGUUACUUUCCAACUUGGGGACGUAUUUAAUGCGAGAGUACUUGAACAAAUUGGUGUAACGAAGCCGGUUGAUUUGAUUACUGCGAACCCGCCAUAUAUACCGAUUGAAGAAUAUGAAAAGCCGUUAUAUCAUCAAGGUAUUGAAAGAUCAGUGAAGUUGUAUGAACCGAAACUUGCGUUGGUUGGGGAUUGGGAGUUUUACUACAAUUUACUAGAGCAUGUGGUUUUGCCUUCACAUGCAAAAGGAUUUGUGUUUGAAUUGGGAUAUCAGGAACAAGCUGAUUUCGUGCAUAAGUAUUUAAAAGAUAAUCCGUUUUGGCAAGUUGGUUCGAGAGACGACUCGAGACAGAAUAUUCGGUGUGUUAUUGGAUGGAAGAAGGGAACUGAUUACGAGAUAUUACAAAAACUAUGCGAUUUUAUUUAUUAA